UCUCUCUUGUUUUUUGCAUUUUCCUUUAAAUAUAAAAGCUUCUUAGUAAUUCUUAAACCCUGCACUUUGUAGAUCACCAAAACCUUUUCAUUUCAAUUCUCGUUCGAACAAAUACCAAAACCCAAGAAGGGAAAGAGAAUGGAUUAUUACGCUCGUUUUUCUAUGUCUCCAUUUUCUUUGUUUGGGGAUUUAAUUGAAAAGGUUAAAGAUUUUUGCAAUUUCGCCGUCUCUGCCAUCAUUGGGAACAUUUUGUCUGCGAUCCUAACCUUCUUCUUUGCAUUAGUGGGCACCUUCUUAGGGGCCAUGACGGGGGCUUUGAUAGGACAAGAGACGGAGAGUGGGUUCGUUCGAGGGGCUGCAGUUGGGGCUAUAUCUGGAGCGGUUUUCUCAAUCGAAGUCUUUGAAUCUUCUCUUGUCCUUUGGCAAUCUGACGAAUCUGGGAUCAGAUGUUUGCUUUACUUGAUUGAUGUUAUUGCAAGCCUUCUAAGUGGGAGGCUUGUUCGUGAACGAAUUGGUCCUGCCAUGCUGAGUGCAGUCCAAAGUCAGAUGGGAGCUGCUGAAACUACUUUUGAGGAGGUCCAGAACAUCUUUGACACUGGUGGUGCUAAAGGAUUGGCUGGAGAUUUGGUAGAAAAAAUCCCAAAGAUCAUAAUCACAAACAAUAACAAUGUAGAUGCUUCUGGGGAGAAAGUUUCCUGUUCAGUUUGCCUUCAGGACUUUCAGCUUGGAGAAACAAUUCGGAGCUUGCCGCAGUGCCAUCACAUGUUCCACCUGCCUUGCAUAGAUAAGUGGCUUCUUGGUCAUGGUUCUUGUCCAUUGUGCAGAAGGGAUCUGUAAUCUUAGUUUUGUAAAUAAUAGGAUUAGGAGUUAUUUAUAUUUUAUUUAUACUGUUCUUACUUGCGGGGCUUGUAUAUUUGUUCAUCAAAUGCUUGCCUACUCUUGUCUUUCUGAGUAGUCUAUGUAGAUCAUGUCGCGGGAUUGAACAUUGUACUCGAUUAGCCCUUUGUAUAAAGGUUUUGAUUUACAGUUUUGAAACUUCUAA